AUGGAGACCACAUCGUUUGACGAGGAAAAGACCGGGUUCUACGUGACGCCCAAGCUCGACUGCCCGCAUAUCGCGCAGCACGUCAGAUGCAACGCGUCCAAGGAGGCGCUCAAGGCAGUUGCUGCCCUGGGGCCGUGCGAGACCUGCCACGACCCCAAGGAGAACUGGGCAUGCCUCCAGUGCGGCAAGAAGUUCUGCUCGCGCUACGUGGCGGGACACAUGAAGGAGCACAACACCCAGUCGGGCCACGCCAUCACCGUGAGCUACUCGGACUUCUCCUUCUGGUGCUACGAAUGCGACUCCUACAUCGCCCACGACAUCUUCCGACCCCUCCUCGCCCUGCUCAAGGAGAGCAAGUUCGGUGAUGCCGGGACGGGCGGGCGCUACACGGCGCACAAGACCCACACCCAGAUGGAGGAGAUCGAAGAGAAGCCCGAGGAGCUGGCGGCCAAGAUCAAGGCGCUGGCCGGCAUGAUCCGCGACUCCAAGCACUGCGUGUUCUUCACGGGCGCCGGCGUGUCGACCUCGGCCGGCAUUCCUGACUACCGCGGACCCGAGGGCGUGUGGACGCUCAAGGCCACGGGUGGGCAGCGCAAGACCAAGGCCGUGCCGAUGCUCAGCGCGCUGCCGACCGUCACCCACAUGGCCAUGGUGAAGCUGCACGACGUGGAUCGCAUGCACUAUCUCGUGUCGCAGAACGUCGACGGCAUUCACCGCAAGAGCGGCAUCCACCCGCAGCGCCUGUGCGAGCUGCACGGCAACUCCAACCUCGAGGUGUGCUGCUGGUGCGGCAAGGAGUACAUGAGGGACUUUGACACGUGCCACAACUCCGCCGCCGGGUCGCACGAGACCGGCAGGCGCUGCACUGCACCGGGUUGUGGCGGCCCGCUGCUCGACACCAUCAUCAACUUUGGCGAGAAUCUCCCCAAGAAGGAUCUGGAGCGCGCGUACGAUGAGUGCGACAAGGCCGACCUGAUCGUGUGCCUCGGAUCGUCACUUACCGUGUCGCCGGCCAACGAUCUCCCCAAGCGGGUGGCCAAGCGCGGAGGCAACCUAGUCAUUGUUAACCUGCAGAGGACUCCUCUCGACAGCCUCAGCACGCUGCGCAUCCAUGGCCGAACCGACGAGGUCAUGAAGGGAGUGAUGGAGGAGCUGGGUAUCGAAGUGCCCUCGUUCAUCCUCAACCGAUUCGUCCGAGUCCAGCACACCAAGCAGUCCCUCACGGUUGAGGCCUUGGAUGUGGACGGGACACCCAUCUCGCUCUUCACUACCGUCAAGGCCCAGUUCCUGCCGGCGGGCAAGGUCCACAAGAAGCAGACCCAGUCCGUCCUGGGCCGCAUGGAGACCUCCUACGUCUUCGAGCGCACCGGCGACGAAGAUGCCUCAGAAGUCAAGAUCGAGCUCCAGUUCAUGGGCCACUACAGGGAACCUUCGUUCCGCUUCACAUACGCCUUGGAGAAGGAGAGCAGCGACAAGAGGUUCAUGAUCAGCUUCAACCCGGAGGAGGCCAGGUGGGACAUCAAGGAGGUGGAGUCGGCCGGCGCUGCCGAGACCGAAGGCAAGACCGGACCCGAGCACUGGCCCAAGAUGGCGCAGGACUCGACCCACGAGCACCCGCUCAAGCUCAAGAAGGCCGUCUACAACGGCAUCUACAGGUGCAACAAGUGCAUGCGUCCGGGCACGGGCUGGGUCUACCACUGCAAGCCGUGCGCGUUCGAUCUUCACGCCUUCUGCUGUGACAAGCACUAG